ACAGUUUUUCUAAUCUAUCCCAUGUAUGUACCUUUAAUUUGAGUUUAUGGUGUUUAGUUGUGUGCCAGAUUGGGAGGUGUGCAUUACAAUAGCGGUCACCAGGGACACGAUAAACACAGCGUGUAACGGAAGUGGACUGGUGUGUAUUGACAGUUUCGGGGUGUUGGACUAUCAUAUGGGAGAUCAAUCUUCUUAGGGUAUAACGAUGGCGGCAGCAAAACCCGCGCCCUCGGGACGAGCGCUCGCCGGGUGUAAUUUCGUGGCUCAGGAUCAAAUUUGGAAAGACCACGUUAAUCAUGAAGAAGUUGCGUCCAAAUCUUGGCCAAACCAGUGGGGAUUUCUAACCACUAAAUACGAAGACCUAGUAAAAGAUGACUUUCCAAAGAAAGAUGCAUCUGAGAAGGCCGAUUUAAAGAGCCUAAUGCAAGUUAAACCAGUCACACCCAUUGAAGAAUAUAUUCAGGUGGAUCCCUCCCCAAAGCCUGUCCCCAAAACCACCGCUCAAGCCAUAGGGUGGAGAUCUGCUGAAAAGACCCUUCAGUUAGAAAAAUAUGGAAAAUAUGCAAAACCCAAAGGAGGGCUAGUCAAACAGUUAAAUUGGCCUAUGGAAGGCAUUAUGUGAAAAUUAAUUUCUCAGUUUCUUAACUAAUCAUGAGAAACUUGCUCAUAAGUAUGAAACCAGUAUUAUUUAUGACAGAAUUGCCUCUGGUGCAUUUUAUGUGUGCUAAAGUGAAAUGUUUUUAUUUUUCUUUAUGUCAGAAUCUUCAGGAUUUUUUUUCUAACUACUAAACAGGAGAUUGGUGAAUAUCAGUAAUGUUCUAUCAGAAUACUCCUUAUAAUAAAUUGUAUGGACUAUGGUGAUUGUGUAAGGGCACAAAAUAUAUUAUAUAUAUGUAAUGUCAGCAAAUAUUGUAUACUGCUCAUUUGAGUAUUAGGUAUGCAUGUAUGUACCCAUUAAGAGAUAUUAAAAAUAGAACUCAUUUUUUUUUUUUUACCAACUAAGUCAUAUAUAAAGAAAAACAGUAUUGUGCAGUGACUGUUUUGAAGUGAAGUGAUUUUUUUUUUUGAUUUUUUUUUUUUUUUUUUGCUAUUUUUAAGGAGAUUUAAUGUGUUGUAGAUAGAUAACAUUUUUUUUGAAUUUUUCUUUUUUUAAUCUUUCCAUUUUACGCAUUUAGUAUUACUUGAAUGUUGUAUGAACAAUGCACAGUCUUUCAUGAUAGAUAGUUUUAGAGUUACUUAAUGAAUGCUUUGUUAUAAAUCUUUAUCACCUGUUCACAUUGCAGUAGCUAUGCAUUAGUAUGCACUCAUGCUUGCUCUCUGUAUUCAGAAUGUUGUUCUUUUAUCAGGAAAUAAAAAUCAUAAAAACAAU